GAAGAACAAUUGAAAAAAGGCAUCGGUGGGGGAGGUUGGAAUAGCGUCUUGAAGCAAAAUCGCGGUAAAAACUGUGCUGGCACUGGUAAAUUGAUAAACAAUGUUGCUAGUGGAAUAAAACAUUGAACGGCGUUUCACAUAACAACAGCAAAAUAGAACAAGUGUGAAACAUACUAGUGUUCGUGCGUUGGCAGUGAGUUGCCCUACGGCAACUUGCAAAUCCUAUAAACAUGAAUCCACAGCAAUUUUCUCUAAGGUGGAACAAUUACACUUCCUACAUAGCCGGAGCAUUUGACUCACUGCGCUAUGAAGAAGACUUCGUAGAUGUGACAUUGUGUUGCGAAGGGCGCAAGAUACGCGCUCAUAAAAUUUUGCUAUCAGCAUGCAGCCCAUACUUCAAGGAUGUAUUCAAAGAGAAUCCUUGCCAGCAUCCCGUCAUUAUUUUCAAAAAUGUGCGCUACACGGACCUGAUGUCGCUGGUGGAAUUUAUGUAUCAGGGUGAGGUGAGCGUACCACAGGAACAGCUCCCAUCCUUCCUACAUACAGCAGAGAUACUGGCGAUUCGAGGACUCACGGAUAAUACGUCAGACUCGCGUCAGCCAGCAAGCACCACUACGUCUGCUAUCGCGCAGCAGCUAAUACAAAGCCAAGCCGUACUGGACAAAUCUGCUACGAUCACAACAACCGACUCCUUGUACCUAACCUUGCCAUCAAAUUCUACUAUAGUCCAUCAACCGAAGCUUGUACAACAAAUACAGACGGCUCCGAUCAUCACUAAACCUCUGAUCAAAUCAGCGCCCCCCGAAAUGCCUGCCCUGGCCGCCUCAACAACCACCCUGGCUGUGCCAAUCGCGCAGCAACAACAGCAACCUACAAUUGCCAAAAUACAGGUACAAGCAUCGCCACAGCAACAACAACAGCAACCGGUACAAGUUCAGCAAGUAGCCGUGCAGCAAGUAGCCGUGCAGCAACAGGUACAGCAGACGCAGCAGUCACAACAGAAUCAGCAACAGACAACAUCCCAGGUUCAAUCACAACCACAGCACCAAACUACCCAAGCUACUACCUUGCAGGAGGUUGUAGACAAUGUCGUUCAGCCUAGAAAGAAAAAAAUAAAGGGCCAACAGAUCACGUCGCAGUCAAAUACAUCAGUUCCUUCUGGAUCGACGGUAACAGUUACAUCGACAACCUCGGGGCAAUCGGGUGAAAAUGAAAUAUAUGAGACAGAAACAUAUACUCUCGCUACGAACGAUGGACGAGUGGAACAAAAACAUGCUGAACAGUAUACAGAAAAUGGUCAAACGUCUGGUUCUGCACUGAAGAUGGAAAUCCCGGAGUUUAUCAGCGUUGGAGAGCCGAUUAAUUCUGGUAACGGCUCAAAUAAUACGUACCUCCAAGAAAGCUACGAACUGGUGCCAGAAAACAUAGAAGAAAAGGAUGAAGACGAAGAUAUGGCGCAGGACAAUAUAGAGAUCGAAGGCUCGGAAAUGGAUAUGAGUCGCAUUUUCCAAGGAUCAACCGAUGAGCAGACAAAAUCUAAUAUUUUGCAAGAAGUGUUUGAGCAAAAAAUGAAACUCAAAAAAUACAAGUGCAAAGAUUGCGACAAAAGCUUCGCCGCCUGGAAAUCGCUCACGAUGCAUCAGCAUAUACACAGGGGCCUCACGAAAUGCACUAUCUGCGGGUCAGUCUUGUCACGCACGGCCAAUCUUAAGCGUCACAUGAAGCUGAAGCACGAGAAAAUCAUACCAUAAUUGGCUCGCUUAAGCCGAUCCCGGUACAUCGCUUGGUUGGUACUUGCCCCACGUACGUGACAAACGCGAGCUCAUCACCGUGUGUAUUAUUUAUAAUAUCAGGUAUUGUAUAUAAAAGAUAUAGUCUAAACCGUGUAGCCAUCGCCAUUAGGCGAGACUAACGAGAAUUUUGAAACGAUAGGAGAACUCUCCUACCUGCUGUUGCAAGGACUCUACAGAUUAACCUAUUGCAGAUUCUGAAAAGCCAUUCGGCCAAUCAUUUGCAAUAAGCGAACACUUAUUGCGAAUUUGUAUGCCAUGGGUAGAGUGUAAUGAAUAAUCUGCAUAUUCAUUUUAGUAAAAUGUCGUGUAAUAUGUUCGUUAGGUUGCAGUCCGAAUAUACAGCAUGCAUGGUUCAUGAUUGUCAUAUUCAAUUGUAUGGAAGCAUUUGCUUUCAACGAUCCAAAUAGUGGUUUUAUGUAAACGUUUAUAUGUGUUUUUCGUUUGUAAUAGGCAGUGUAAUAGGCAUAGUUUGUAAUUGCAAUAGGCUAAUGCAUUAAAUUAAUGUAAACAUUAUCAGCUAGGUGUUUGCAUUAAUUUUGAUAAUUUAAAAAAAAUAUUUUUAAUGGAUUUGGAUUGUGAAUAGACGGUGCAAUAUAUUACUUUAUGUUUCAUGUUUUGGGUCCGCUGAUAGAUUUUUCCAUUUUGAAUCUAAGAAUUCAUUUUUUUUAUCCAUAAACGUCCUGAUUCAAGAACGUCCUGGCCAAAGUAUUCAGCUAUUGGUUGAAGAAAUAUAAAAUUACCGUGCUUCGUUCGUCCCCUGUACCUGUUUGAAACUUUUUAGUGCUUGGCGUUAAAACCUCCUAUUAAACUGGAAACUUGAAUAAAUACGCAUAAGUAUAAAAUGUUAGUGAUACAAUUGUUUUAAAUGUCUUUGAACCAGGUAAUGAAACGCGUUUGACAACUCAUCGAAACUAAUAUGUUGAUAGUUUCAAAAAGUUUGCACUUGGCAUAAUUACCUACUAGGACAUUUGCGCGCGCAUGUCUUAACGGGUAUACUAGACUUUUUUUUUCACAUAGAGCUAGAUAGUCUUCUAAGCUAUUAGUAAUACACAUUACGUUACAGUAAUACAUUUUUUUGUUUCGUUAGAACGGCCUGGCCGUAUCGACUUAUUUUACCACGUAGCCGGAUAGUCAGUCCUUGCUACGGAGGAUUGGACCGGAUGGGAUUUUGGUCCGGGCCGUUCGUGUGAAGACCGGCUCCGCUACCAUCAUGCCACCGGGCCGCCCCAGGUUACAGUAAUACAUUCGAUUGGAAUUUGCUACCGGUCCUGUCGUUAGAAACCGGUACCCCAGCGCUCCGCAACGUUUUACUUGAGCUUAACAUAAUUGAUUUCGAUACAAUUCUACAACGCAAAACCGUCGUAACAGGGAUUCGUAGCAUCGAAAUUGCUUUUUUUUAUUCACGAGGAACGGCCUGUAUUGCUGCCGAUUUGCUCAUUUUGAGAAAAAAAAGAAAUAAUUACUUUAUCAAAAUUAAUGCAAGCAAUCAAGUACAUACUGUAAGGAUUUAUAUUUGUGUGUUAGAUUGAAUGAAGGGUAAUCAUGAUUUUAGAAUGUAAACAUUUAUUGUAACUAUACAGCAUAAACAUGAACAUGAAGAAAACUGCAAGAAACACAUCCCUGGUAACAAUUUUGCACAAAAAAUGGAUGUACUAGACCAUAAUCUGGCGGCCUGUAAAUUGAUCUAAUAGAAGGAGUUAAAAGAUCGAAAUCACCGAAUUCUAUGAAUUAUGGUUGAUGCCUCUUUCGAUGAUAUUUGUGCUUUCGGCGAUGAAUAAAGAAAAGGUUGAUUUAUGUCGUGAGCUUCGUAUUUUCACUUGCACAGUUACAUCAGUAUGAAACACGGUCUUAUUAUUCAGGCACUUUUUUAUUCAAGAAGAACGGGCAAUACGGCCAUUGCUUAUAACUGUUGGUAACUUAAUCUAUGGUACAGAGGCUCAAUUUGAUAGUAAAUAGUAAAUUGUAAAUUAUCUGAAAACAACAUACCAAAAAAUCCUCCAUUUGAUACUUUUCUCAAAUAAACAAAGUUUAAAACGUGACAAAUGAGACCUCUUUUAACAUACAGGAAUUCGCCAUUAUUGUUUUUGCAAAGGUACUAUGAUAGUAUUUUUUUACGGAAUCACCGACAUCAUUUGUCUAUCUAUGCAUACUUGAUUUAUGCGAAUAGUGUGUAGAAUAACGCUUUUGGUGUGACAAUUUCAUCGAAUCUAAGGAUUUUAGAACAAUUUCGGUCUAAUAAAGUCGCAAAUGUUACCAGGGGUUUUAACGCAUGUGUAGAAAAUAAAACGUAAUGCUUCUUUUAUGAAACAAAAUGGCGAAAUUACCAUUCCUAUUUCAUGUAAUAAAAUGGAAAAAAUGAAAAGAGGAUUUAUAGUUUUUAACUAAAUCUAAGAAAUCAUUAUAAACAAAAGUCGUGACAAGUGUGGUCAUAUUUUAAAACCGGACAAAUGAUUUAGAGAGAUGUAGGUGGUGCAUUGCGUCAAAUUGAAUUAUUGUUUCCUUACCUUAUAUUUUACACACGAUGCGUAUAUGAAAGUAUGUGAGAAUCGAAUGUAAGCCAGUAUGCGAUAAAUUUUACUUAUAAAGCUAAACUACCAUUGUGCUUAAAAAAUCAAAAUCGAUGGAUUGGUUGACGGUUGAUGCUAACAUGUGGGCUUUUUGAAAAAAAAAAAAUAUAUACAGGUAUUAUCUCUUUUGCCUGGGUUUUGAAAUUGGACAGUUCAGCUAGUUAAAACCAUUAAAAAAAGGUAGAUAUGACAUGUUAAUUUGAUUCAAUGAUCUUUUUUGUGUUUUAUAAAUGUUUUCUUGAACAAAGUCACGAGUCAUUAUGAAUAUAUUAAGUGCAAAGAAAGAAGUACACUUUAUAACUUUCAAGCGGAAACGAUGUGGCUCUCGGAUUCGACAUACGUGGAUGUUCGAGAUAAGCGGACCUUUCGUGGGUUAUAGCAGUGCGCUAUAAUAGUGUAUUUUGGGGAUUAUCUGUAAUUAUUUGAUGAAAUGUUGUCAAUUAUUUCAUACUCAAGAU